GAUCGUUGUUAAAAAUUUGGAAGAAUGCCUGCUGGUGUUUCUUGGGGACAAUAUAUGAAAUUUCUCUCAGCGGCGAUGUUGUCUAUGAUGGCUGGCUCGCAAUUGGUUCAUAUGUACUACAAACCAUUAGAUGAUUUAAAUACAUACAUAGAACGGGAAAUUGGCGCUACAAAUGCACAGAAGUUAGAUGUUAAGUCAUCUCCACCAGAAAAAUCAAAUCAAACAGUAGAUGGAAAAGUCUCUUAGUGAAUGUUAUGGUUAUGAUGUGACAAUAAAGUAAAUUUUGAGCAUUUCUUUUAGUAAACCCC